AUGAGUACCCGCAACCGAACACCGCCGCUCCUCGAACCCUACCUCCGCCUCCCCUCGGAAGGAUCCCAGCUCCUCCUAACAGGUGUACUCGACUCGUCUCCCCAAUGGCUCGUCACCCGUCUUCUGCGUAGUGCAUUUACUGCCUCGGAAGAAGCAGAACCGCCAGAAGAGCAGGAUGUAACUGUGGUACUGGUGUCCUGGUUACGCGACUAUGAGUUUUGGAAGAGCGAGGCCAGAAGAGGCGCUGUAAGAUGCCCCAAAUUCCAGACAAAGAAGGAGGAGAUGCUGAUGCGACGAAAUUCAACANNGGGUAUCGAUCUCGCACGCUUAGCACAACAAGAUAAAUUCGUCUUUGUGGAUGGAUUGACGCAUUUAUUCCCUGUCGCAACCUCGAAUACUGCUACUGCAACUGCUCCUUCACCGAUAUCUGCCCAGACACCACAGAGAAGCCUACCCGUCAGAAAUACUCCUGCUUCGCCGUUACCGAGUCGGGCCGGACCACUACCAGCUCGAGGCCCGAUACCCUCCCGCGGUCCACCAGCACCUACUCCUUCGCAACCACAACAAGUCCAGCAACAACAACCACAGCAGCAACCACAACAAGUCCAGCAACCACAACAAGUCCAGCAACAACCACCACAACAACAACAACAACCCACCCAACCCUCGAAACCAACCACCCUCACCUCCACCUCAAUCCCCUCAACCCACAAGACCCUCAGCGAAAACCUCUUCUCCAUCUCCACAGCGCACCCAACCCGUAAAAUCCACCUGAUACUCGACGCACCAACAAUCCUCCUCUCCACUGCUGCCAAUCCAUCAGCAUCGGCAUUGUCUUCUCUGCUGCUCUCCUUGCGCAGUCUAGUGUCUACAACGACAUUGGUGCUGGAAGCCGAUUCNCCCUUUUUGUCUGCUGCUCUCGCCGAUGCGAAUUAUAAUCCUACGCCUUUGGAGGCUGCGCAUGCGGCUUUUGUGGUUCAGCAGGCGCAUGUCAGUAAGUGGGUAUUGAGUCUGCGGCCGCUCGAUACUGGAAAAGCUAGAGAUGUCAGUGGUGUGAUAAGAGUUAGUAGGGGUGGUGCUUGGGAUGACGAUCUCGAAACAGAUGAUGAGAAGGAUGAGAGAAAAGAGUUGGAAGCUCUCUACUUCGUGCAGAAUGAUGGCGGAGUCAGGGUGUUUGAGAGAGGCGAGGCUAGUGUUGGUUGA